GCGAGCCCUGGGUGGCCUCGCGGGGACGGGCUUGGCAGUGAAGGAGCCGCGAGAGCGGAGGCCUGGGGCCGGGGUGGGGCGCAGCGAGGCCGGAGCGGAGCCCUGGGGCCGGGGUGGGGCGCAGCGAGGCCUGUGGCCCUUGCGGGCAGGACCCGGAGAGAUUCGGCGCGAGGGGUAGGAAAAGGGUUAGGCUGUGUAAGAAUUUGGGUCUUUCCUUGGUGAGAGUUUUUGGAGGACUUUAAGCAGAGGAAAAACGUGAUCUGACUUAGGUUUACGACGAAGCAUGUGCAGCUGGGAAGUCCCCAUGAGAGCAGGUUGGGAAUUGAAGACACUGGGCCUGUGAUGUGGUAGGUGUGGUUCGUUCGGUCAGAUUCUUCUUCUUACUACUGGAUCAGUUGUGGAGGCCAGAAAUAAAAGAAAGCAAAGAUGCAAGAGAGAUUGCACGAGAGAGCUGAGGUCUUUGGGACCUUGAGUAAAUUCUUGAACUGUCCAUGUCUGAUUCCUUCUGUACAGUGAGGUUAAAGCAGCUAAUUCUGUAUAGGAUUGUGUGCAGACUAAGAGAACGAGUACAAACUGUUCAUUCUUCCUGAGACGUGGAAAGUAAGUUUCAACAUGCAUCUUCUGAGAAUAAGGAUAUUCUUUUUCUUAACCACAAACUGUUUUCUCAUCUGAGGAAAUUCGCCGCUGGGGUUGUUCGCCGUUUCCUGUGAAGGGCCGGACAGUAAACAUUCUCAGCGCUGCGCGCGGUGUGCUCCGCGUGGCACCACUCGGUCCUGGCCGUGGUGCAGAAGCCCAUGUGGCACUGUUUGAGCGACUUAGUGCAGCUGUGGUACAGUAAACGAACGUGAAACCAAGAUUCAGGCCGUUUGGUCCUUUGUGCUAUAGUUUGCCUACCUCAUUCUGAUGAAUUGCAUUCUGGAUUUACCUUAAAAUUUCUCUUUACCGGACUCAUGGUGAACAUUUUUAGUAAAAAUGCUAUGUAGAUGACGAGGCACAUGAUGCCAGUUGUCUUACUGGUGUUGCUGCUUUCCAUAUUCGGUUAAGUAUGGGGCUCCCAGAAAGCUCCCUUUCCACCUGUGUAAUUAGCACACAGUCAGCAUGGUGGCUCUGGAGAUGGAAAAGGUCCUGUUCUUUCACUGGCUUCACCCAGUGGUUUUAGCAAUCACUUAGGGUCCUUUAUCUGAAUCAUUUAUUUUGAGGGUUAUAAAAUGUUCAUUUUUAAAAACUUCCUGCUGUGUUAGCAGAGUCUUCUGUAGCAGUUUUCUCAUUUGGUUUAUAUGCUUAGGAAAGAAAGGCUGUUUUGGAGAAAAGCAACUGAAGAGUAGUAAACUUGAAAACCUAAGAAGGGGUUAUUGCUAUGUUAUUGUAUGAUUCUUGUUACUGUGUUUUUAGGAGCACCCUUCAGGAUACAGCCAAAAGGAAGUUCCCCAGGGCAUAGAGAGCAGCCUGGAGCUGGGGAUGGCUACCAUGCUGGGACUCCAGCUGCAAGGAAACAGCAAAGGCCUUGGACAGGAGCCAUUGUGCAAACAAUUCAGGCAGUUGCGCUAUGAAGAAACUGCAGGGCCCCGGGAGGCGCUGCGCCGGCUCCGCGAGCUCUGCCACCAGUGGCUGCAGCCAGAGACUCACAGCAAGGAGCAGAUCCUGGAGCUGCUGGUGCUGGAGCAGUUCCUGGCCAUCCUGCCUGAAGAGCUGCAGGCCCGGGUGCAGGAGAAGCAUCCUGAGAGCGGGGAGGACCUGGUGGUUGUACUGGAGGACUUGCAGCUGGAGCUUGGAGGAAAAGGACACCAAGAGGCCCCAGACCAGGACAAGAAGCAGGCCCUGCUUUUGGAAGCACCAGGUCCUCUGAGAGCAGUGCAGGCGCAGCAGGUCCUGCCUGGGUGUGAAGGUCCAAAGCCUGAGGAGGAGGAGGAUGAGGAGAUACAUAUUGGGAAUGGCAAGCUGGUAAUGACAGACCCUUGUGGAACAGAGGAGUCAUCCAGGAAGGAGGCUGACCCCAGAGAGGCUCAGUAUGAGGACUCCAACUUGGAAAGGCAGCCAGGCAAGCCCCAGGACUCAGACUUGACUGAAUUCAGAAGCACUCGGCCAGAAGGAAAGCUCUGUGACUCGGAAGUGUGUCAAAGUUCUGCACUUCCCGGACAUCAGAAAUCCCACUUGAAAGAGAAAGGCCACCAGUGCCAUGAGUGUGGUAAAGUCUUUCAGAGGAGUUCACACCUUGUCAGACAUCAGAAAAUCCACCUUGGUGAGAAGCCGUAUCAGUGCAAAGAGUGUGGGAAAGUCUUCAGUCAGAACGCAGGCCUUUUGGAACAUCUCAGAAUCCAUACUGGAGAGAAACCUUUUCUAUGCAUCCAUUGUGGAAAGAACUUCAGGCGAAGCUCUCACCUUAAUCGACACCACAGAAUUCACAGUCAGGAGGAACCCUGCGAGUGCAAGGAGUGUGGGAAAACCUUUAGUCAAGCCCUGCUCCUCACCCACCAUCAGAGAAUCCACAGUCACUCCAAAAGUCACCGGUGUAAUGAGUGUGGCAAAGCCUUCAGCUUGACCUCAGACCUCAUUCGGCAUCACAGGAUUCACACUGGAGAAAAACCGUUCAAGUGUAAAGUAUGCCAGAAAGCCUUCCGACUAAACUCACACCUGGAUCAACACAUAAGAAUCCAUAACGAAGAAAAGCCCUACAAGUGUACCGAGUGUGGAGACGCCUUCCGGCAGAAGUCAGGUCUCUUUCAGCAUCAGAGACAUCACCACAGAGGCAGACUGGCUUGAUGAAUGUUUUCUCUGUGUAGAACAUUAGAAGGAACACAGAGAAGCAAAGAACAUGCCAGAAGAAGUCUGGCCAACUAGUGUUGGAGAAUGCUCCAGGGCCAAGUUGGAAGCCAUUUGCUUCCCUUUCCCCUCCUCUGUGUUCCUUGAAGCUGGCCUAGUACUGCAGUACACAGCACUGUGUGAGCAAAGCAAAACAGCAGUCUUCACUACAGGACUUCGAAGAGGCUCUAAUGUGAUAAUUGCAUGGUUGUGUAUCUCCAUGUAGCCUGUGACUCAUUGAGGCCUUUGAGAAUAGCAGCCAGUCAGGUGUCCGCAGGUUUAGACACUGAUGGAAAACAAGGGCAGGGUGGUAUUUUAGAUACCAUGGCAACAGACUCAUUUUCUCCAUUGGCUUUACCUCCUCCUUUCUGCUGGCCUUACCUCCAUACUCCCCAUGCAUAACCAAUGGAAGCAUUUUAGAAAGCAAAGAACUUUUGUGGUUGACUGUAGUACUUGUCCUCAUGUCACUUUACGUUCUCCAUCCCCAUCCCCAUCCCCACCACAUCUCAUUGGUUCAUGUCACAAAUCAGAGUUUUACUUAGACUAUGGAAGAAAUUCCAUGAGUCAUUUGAUUGAACUGUGCUGGAAUAAUCCAAGUAGCAACUGUCUUACUUGAUAACUCCAGUGCUGGUACAGUGACUGCUGGAUAGAUUCUCUUCAAUAAAUGUCCAGUGAAAGAAA